AUGUUCUCUGGGUCCAUCUCGGAAACGAGCGGCAUGUCUCUGCAGUGCACCAAGUCGGCGGGACACUGGAAGAUCGUGGUGUGGGAUGAGGAGGGCUUCCAGGGCCGGCGGCAUGAGUUCACGGCUGAGUGCCCCAGCGUGCUGGAGCUUGGCUUCGAGACUGUUCGAUCUUUGAAAGUGCUGAGUGGCGCGUGGGUGGGUUUUGAGCACGCCGGCUUCCAAGGGCAGCAGUAUGUGCUGGAGCGGGGCGAGUACCCGUCCUGGGACGCCUGGAGCGGCAACACGUCCUACCCCGCCGAGCGGCUCACCUCCUUCCGGCCCGUGGCCUGCGCCAACCACCGUGACUCGAGGCUGACCAUCUUCGAGCAGGAGAACUUCCUGGGCAGGAAAGGAGAGCUGAGCGAUGACUACCCCUCCCUCCAGGCCAUGGGCUGGGAUGGCAACGAAGUGGGCUCCUUCCACGUCCACUCGGGGGCCUGGGUCUGCUCCCAGUUUCCUGGCUAUCGAGGUUUUCAGUACGUGCUGGAGUGUGACCACCACUCGGGCGACUACAAGCACUUCCGGGAGUGGGGCACUCACGCCCAGACCUUCCAGGUGCAGAGCAUCCGAAGGAUCCAGCAGUGA